AUGGCGCCAAAGAACAAGGGAGGUGAUAGCAAGGGGGCAGGCGGGAAAGGCAAGGGGAAAGGAAAAGAAUCAGAGAGUUCAGACAUUGGUAAAGGAAAAGGACUGAAGGCAGCUAAUUCUAUAAACGUUCGACAUAUCCUUUGCGAGAAACACUCGAAGAAGGAAGAAGCCCUGGAAAAAUUACGAGCAGGAGUCAAGUUUGAUGAAGUUGCUCGAGAGUUUUCGGAGGAUAAGGCGAGACAAGGUACAAUGUGUUUGAUUGACAAGUUCGAUGCUGCCGCUUGUUUGUUUGGAUAUUGCAUAAAGAGUAACUUCUAA